GCACGACACGUCCAGCGUUGCCAGGCGAAGAAUGGCGUCAAUAGGAAGUGAAACUUAAUGCACUGUUGUGCAGGAAUCCUCUCAGAUUGAAGAGUGAUGUUUUAUAGUACAGAUAAAUCCACGGGAUCUCAGGUUGCCAUGGUGAGCGGUUCCAGCAGAGCCACGUGAUGACCACUGUAUGUCCUGAUGAAGUAAACUCCACAGAAGACCUGGAGUCAUUUGAGUUCCUGUCGCACCCCGAACCUACAGAGAGCACACACUCCUCAGAGGCAGUGAAGGACAAAGCCAGGCUGAAGAGCAGACUCGUGUCGGCAUGGAACAGUGUGAAGUACCGGGGCUGGACUCUGAAAGCUAAAGCCCGUCUGAGUAAAAACUCUCCUGUGUGUAUGCUGGGUUACACCUACCACCUGAGCAAUGAAGGUGAGAAGCAGCAGUUCCAGUGUGUGUUCUCGUCUCUGUUCUGGAUGACGUACAGAAGAGGCUUCUCCUCACUGCAUGGUUCGUCUCUGACCUCAGACAGUGGGUGGGGCUGCACACUGCGCUCUGCCCAGAUGCUGCUCGCACAGGCACUGGUGCUACAUACACUGCCUCCAGGUUGGACGUGGCCUGGAGCUCGUCACCAGACCAGAGACGACCUGGAGCUCAGACACUCUCGGCCUCUUGUGCUGGGAUUGGGACGGAGCCAGAGGGUGGGGAAGAGGAGGCGGAGUGAGGGUGCCAUACUGGAUGAGGAUGAGGAUUGGCAGGAGAGUGGACACCGGCGUCUGGUGGCGUGGUUCGGGGACACGCCGUCCGCUCCGUUCAGCCUGCAUCAGCUGGUGGAGCUGGGGCGGUCGUCUGGGCAACGUGCAGGCGAUUGGUUCGGCCCGUCUUUUGCUGCACACAUGCUGAGGAAGGCAGUAGCAGCAUCUGAAGUGAGUGACCUGGCGGUGUAUGUCGCACAGGACUGCACCGUGUAUGUAGGAGAUGUGAUGAGACUGUAUGGAGAAAGUCGGUGUGAGCUCUCGUUGAGAUUUCACUCUGUUAUUAUCCUGGUGCCUGUGAGACUCGGCGGAGACACACUCAACCAUGUGUAUGUCCCGUAUGUGAAGAGACUGCUUCAGCUGAAGUGCUGUGUGGGAAUAAUCGGAGGAAAGCCGAAGCACUCGUUGUAUUUUGUCGGGUUUCAGGAUGAUCAUCUGCUGUAUCUGGAUCCUCAUUUCUGUCAGGCUGCUGUAGAUGUUAGUCAACCCAACUUCCCCUUAGAGUCGUUUCACUGUAAGACGGCGAGGAAGCUGCCCUUUCAUCGCAUGGACCCCAGCUGCACUCUGGGUUUCUACGCUAAGAGCAAGAGGGACUUUGAAACGCUUCGCUCUGACGUCACCAUGGCUCUGACCUCGUCUACGGACACAUAUCCCAUCUUCACCUUCAUGGAGGGCAGCGGGCAAGACCAGCACGAGCGGCUGGAGCUGACCUUGGACCCAGAGGUGCAAGUUGCACGCAAAGGGAGACAGAGGAGUAAGCGGAGCAGCACAGACGAGUUCGUGCUGCUGUGAACGCUCGUUCAGGCGCAGUAACGUCCGUUCAUGGAUAAAUUACUGAAAUCAGAAUAUAUAUUUAAACACGAUUAUGCUCAGGUUUGUACACAUCAGUCACUAGUCCAGGGCUUAUGAUCGUAAACCAGCAUUUUAGAUCAUAAAUGUGACAUGCAGUCUUCAACCAGCAACUAUAAGCUUCCAAUUAGAGACUGUAAUCUUCCAAUUAAAGACAAAGCUUAUAGCUAAUGACUGUGAGCUCAUAGCUAUCGGCUAUAAGCUUCCAGUACUUCUUAGCUAAAUUAGCCUCAUAGCAUUAGCGAACAUGAUUUGGCUGAUUGACUAAAUUCAAGGGAAGUGAAACAGAAUGUUCUUUAAUUUAACACACUACAAAAUACAACUGUAAAAAGCAAGCAUGUUGGUUUUUGCAACACUGAUUGAAAACUGUAAAUAACAAAAUCUCUCACACACACACAAUUUUACCCCAACAUUAGCGCAGCGUAUUAUAAGCUGUGUUCUCUCAUUAUCGCAGCAAAAUGCAUUAUGGGAAAUCAUUUUACAGGAUUCUUUGACUGUUGUGCACUUUAUUGUUGUUCUUUGAAUCAGGUGUGUGUUAACAGGCACCACGUUAAUGCCAGGUUCGCAGGAAUGUGGUCGGAACACUGUCACGAGAUCGCAAGUUGGGAGCCCAACGAUGCCACAUCCGUCCAUGGCUAUAUAUAUACAGAUAGAGAGUAUCAUGCUGCCUUGAGACACGGCAUGGGCAGCAUUUGGAAAAGAUGUGGUUCGCUGGCUUCACCUAGCCAUCACCUUCCCUGGUUGGUAGCUGAUGGGUCAAUUGAGGGGGAAAUGGGCAUGAAUAUGUGGGUGGUGAUUUUUUUUUUUUUUUUUUUUUUUUACAUUUAUUUUGGGUUUCAUGUCACUGUCUCCUUACCAUUCAUUUUGAUGUUUUUUUUUCUUUUAUUUCCAAGUCAAGAGUGUGUUUUAUGUCACUAUAUAGUUUUAUAUUUACCUAGAAAUAAUGAUGAAAGAAUUAUUUUUGAAAUAAUAACAAUCUGUAUGUGAAUAAUUUCUAUUUUAUUUUAAAAACUGGAUGGGCUAGACGUGUGGAAGUUGUGUUGCAUGUAUGUAACUGGUUUGGUAAUAAACAGAAGCGAAAGUCGUGUGUUGGAUUUGAGAAA